AUGAUCAUUGUGAUCCAACUUUUAUUAAUAUACACAUCGAUCAGUGUUGCUCAAGAUGGGGCUUUUAUUGCCGAAGGUGAAAGGAAAGCAUUCUGCGUCCUGUCCGGAGAAGUAGCAACUUCUGCUGUCGACUGGGCCAUUAGUGCAAGUGAUAAAAAUACCCUAAUAUACUAUCCAAACUCAAAACCGAAAUAUAAUCCUGAAACUUGGAGUCAACUAAAUUGUGCAUUUGCAAACGAAUGCACAAAUGUAUUAAAUAAUGAGUUCUGGAAACCUGCAAGUAGUUUUCGAUAUCCUUUUAUACCAAGAACGGAUUCCGCUUGGAAUGAUCUUGAUAUUCACAACACAAAUACAUUUUACCAUAUACAAAGCAAAACAUUUCAAGAAGAAGAUUCAGCACACAUCAGUAUAUCUGUGAAAUCAGCUUCAAAUGCAAGUUUGAUAUUAUGUGAUGAUAAAGACUUAGAACAUGAUUGCUACAAGGUUACGAUAGCUGAAUUUGGCACUAGUAGUUCAUUUAUAAGGAAAUGUAUACGUAAAAAAUGCGAUAUAAUACGAGGUCCUGCGACAACAAAUCAGAUCUUACUGGAUGAAGAAAAGUGGAAACAUUUUACACUAUCUAUUUAUAAAAAUAAAACAAGCACUGAAUUGAAGUUAUUGGCAAACUUAAAAGACUCACUAGUAUAUGCUCCUAUAUUGCGAUAUGAAGAUAGAUCUCAGCCAAUAAAUGCAUAUUAUUUUAAAGUACAAAGCGAAUCUGAUGCCCUGUGGAAAUUACAUAAAUAUGAUUUUUUGAUAUGUAAGACAAAUAUAGAUAAAGGAUUACUAUACAUCAGAAAUCAAAAUUAUAACUAUUUAACAAUCGGCAAAACUGAAUUAUGCUUGAGUCUAACUGUUGCAAUGUGCCACAAUUGUGCAUUACAACUUCAUAUCGAAACUGAAGAUCGUGAUACAUUCAAUUCCAAUAUUGUCUAUGGAAAAAAGUAA